GCGUGUGCACGUACACGCCGUAUUAUUAUGGUUUAUUAGAAAGAGAGUCUAAGCACAAAUAAUGCACGGUGCUUAGGAUGUCCCGGACGCAGUGAUGCAGCGGUAGUGCGGUAAAAUCCAGUGUUUCAUUCAUUGUGUUGGUGUUGCAAACGGAGCGGCAGAGCGGAGCGGCAGGCGGCGCGGCGCUCGUCGCUAAUACUGGGUCAAUAAUUCGGCAAGGAGCCCCGGAGCUGCCGUCUGGAGAGGUCCGUGGGCGGAGCCUUUGUGGGCGGAGCCGUCCUUCCCACCAUGUUUUAGGGCUGCUGUUUAUUUGUGGCCUGUUAGAGGACAGGUGACAGGUGACAGGGGAUCACAGCUGGGCAGUGCUCCUGUGAUGACGUGGCAGUCGGGGAGGCUGAUGUGACGAGGCCGCACGUCACCACGCGUUUCCACUGAUCGUCGGACAGAGGUGUCGCAGCCUAAACUGUCCCCGCUUCGUUUCCCCUUCUCCUGGUUCCUGCUCACAGCCACGAUGCUGUGGUCCUGCUGCUCCGCCUGGAAAUCCUGAGCCAAGACUCUGGAAGGCGACCCACCCCCGCCGCGGGACUGCUACCCGUCCCUGCUGGACCCCAAAGCCCUGUCCGAAGCCUGUGCCCCAGAUGGGUUGAUGCCGGAGAGCGGGUACUGGCAGCUCUGCCCCACAAAGCCCCUCCAGGGGGGGCUGUUGAGCUCCAGUUUCCCUCCUGGCCCGCUGCCCCUGGCGGCCGAUGGGCCGUCGGUGGAGGACCCUCUGGCCCCUCCCCCCACGGCGGCCCCACCCCCUGCCGGGCCCUUGGCCCCGCCUCCUCCGCCCCCGCCCAAACGGCACUGCCGCUCGCUGUCUGUGCCCGAGGACCUGUCGCGCUGCCGCUACACCUGGCGUCCGAGCGCGUCCAGGGUGUGGACUCCGGUGGCGCGGCACUGCCCCGGGGCGGCGGUGGGCGGGGCCGCGGCGGUGGGCGGAGCUGUGGCGGGCGCAGUGGGCGGGGCCUGCUCUUCUCUGAACUCGUCGCUGCACUCCUCCUCCAGCCCCACCUUCUUCAGCCUGGCGCUGUCGCCGGACUCUCCGUUGCCAUGGAGCUUCCCGUGGGAGGAGGCGGGGGGUGGGGCUUGCUGCUGCUUCUUCCCGUCGCCCUCGUCGUGCUCGUCGUCUCCUUCACCGCUGCACCCGCCCCCUCCGCAGCGUCGCUUCUCUCUUUCUCCUGUGCUCAUCAGAGACUCCGGCCUGUUCCUUCCUCCCCCAGUCCCGCCCCCCGCACCUCAGGCUCCGCCCCCCGCCUCAGCCUGCAGCACGCCGUCCUCUCUGCGCCGCAGUCUGCCCCCCGCCCCCCGCUGCCACUCCCAGCCCUGCGACCUCCUGCUGCUCAAGCCUGGGCUAAAGAGGAGACGAGAUCCCGACCGACCCCCCGGGAGACCAGGGCUGGACUUUACCAAGAUGACCCAGACCCGGAGCAUGGACCCCGGCUUCUGCCUGGAGCGCGGCCGGCUUGGCUCCUUCUCCGGCGGAGAUGUGUGCAUCUCCAUGGAGCCAUUCCUGGGGGACUUCCGCGGUUCCUGUUCUCCGGCUGAACUUUUGGGGCGCAGCAGCAUCGGUCCUUUGAGCGAGAGCGAUGAAGAGUGCCCCGAAAACCCCGACGAGGAGGAGGAGGAAGAGGAGGAGGAGGGAGAGGAGCGAGAGACGAACGCUCCGCCAGUGUUUGAACGCGACUGUACAGAACUGGACCUAAACCUUAUCGAGGAAAACUGACCCGAACUUUAUUUAUACAUUUCUACAGCGGUUUGAGAGGUGCAGGGGGCAAGCAAUGUCUUCUGUUCAGAAAUCACAAAGUCAAACACGACCCCGUCCAAGGCCCUGCGCUGGUUUAACAUCGGAAAAGCUCUACACAAAACUGCCACCGUUAAAGGGCACAUAUCACACUAUUUUCUGAUCUAUGUUAUAAUGUUGUUUCCUUAUCGUAAACGGACCCGGAGUUGUUUCGUUUCAUUCACACAAACCCUGCAGAUUUACACCGAGCUGUUUUCUCAAACAGAAAAAAAAACUCCAUACGCCAUUUGAACGAUUUCAGCUCGGAAAUGUCCAAUCUCAGAAGGAAAACUGAGCUGUUAACUUGAAAACUAACGCCAACUUCAUGAGAUCACAAGACAGAUUAGAGCUUUGGAGAUGUAGAACGACUAAUAAUAAAAGGUUACUCAAACAAAUCAAGCGCGAAUGAAACAAAACGCAACUCCCGGUCUGUUUUUGAUGAAGUAACAACACGAUAACAUGGCUCAGAUUAAUAAAUUUUACAUUUACCAUUCAUUUUUCCCAUAGACUUUCUGAAAAAAAGAAAAAGAUAUGUCGCAACUAAUGACCACAAAUCACAAUCAGCUUCAAAAACUGCAUAAAGCGCUAUUUCACAGAGUUUUAAAUCUGUUUUUACACUCAAAACAAACAAAUGUGACGAAUAAUUUCACUGAUAAGGAUAAACAUGUCUUUAGUCCGCUGAGAAUUUCUUUAAUGGCCUCGCAAAACUGGUCAGCCUCCCUCAUCCCUUUUAAAUAUUUUGGAAAGUCUACGGGGAAAGUGAACGGGGAAACCGCUCCGUUCACAAUCACGAGUCACAAAGCCGCAGUUGUUUAGAUAAUCCGCCGUCCUCUGCAGAGAAAGGAGACGUCCCUGUGUCUCCGCUCCUUGUUUUUUAUCUUUCGUUUGGUGACAGAAAUGGUCAAAAUUCUUGGGUUAAAUUGUACAAAAAAAAGUUUAGGGCUGAAUUUUGAUUUGGCAAAAGUGCAUGGAAAGCUUCAUGUUCGGCUGGAGUUACUGUAAUGGGCCUAUAAUAAUAUUUCUCGCCUAUUUCUAUGUAGUAGCAACCUUAAACAUUUUAGGAGAAGUCCCCGGUCCCUGUGGAUAUUGUGCAACCCCGUGUCUCCGCUGGGUUUUAUUCUGCGUAAAACCUUGUAGCUUAGACGUCUGCAUGUUGAGACCCUCUGGAGACACGGGGACGUCUCGUACUCUGCGGAGGAGGACAGUCGAUGAGCUGAAGAACGGCAGGCUUUGGGGUUGGUGCGAGUCUGCGCUGGAGGGAACGGAUCACGUGAUGUUUUUAAACUAAUCCUGAUUUAUACAGGCGAGUUUCAGCUGACGUCAUUGUUAUUAAAAGCGCGCGUUGCAUGCUGGGAAAUAUUUUGGUCUGAGGCAAGAAACACGGUAGUGGUCAAACACAGUGCGUAACCUCACGUAUUUAUCCCCGGUAAUGGUAAAUUCCUGCUGCAUUAUCGGAUGCACAAAUAGAAGCACGGAAGAAGGAAAAUGUCUUUUUCGUAUUCUGAGUGAAAAGAACCACUAACGGUGAAUUAAAUGGCUUUCAAACAUUUGCAGAGCAAACGUAGAAGAUCCUAACAAACCGUGGACUCCAACAAGUUCAACAACACAUCGAGACUCUUGGAGGUUUUCAUCUUUUCUGCUGUGAAUGGCCCAGGAGUUUCCACCAAGUCAUUGUGGAUAUCGCCCAAGUGAAUAUUUGUCCAGGUAGUUGGUGAUUCAGACCAGAAAUUUGGUUUGGUCCACCUUUUGUCGGGGUUGAAAAGGGUGAUUUGGCUCCAUCGAUGCUUUUGACCAAUUUCUGGUCAAAUGGUCUUGGGUCCUCUGCUGUUAGAGUGGAUAAAUAACCGGGAUCAAUACCCUUUACGUGCUUUCUCGCUCCGUCCGUCAUGUUGAAUUAGUGUUUUUUGCCGCCGACCAAAAUAAUUCCCAGCAUGCAGCACGAACUUUUGUCAACAAUGAAACUCGCCUAUAAGUUAUGAUUUGGGUUAGGAUCAGGGAAGGACCUGCAUGUAGCCCGUGCGCUUAAUUUCAAAAGAGGUUCCACAAUCACAACUGAAGCCGGGUUGCCAGUGCCUUAAUCUGCAGAUAGAGACACGGACAGGCCUCGUUUGAAAGCUCAGAACCUCCAGGAUUCACUCCCUGAGGCUGCGUUUACACAGGAGCCGGGUAUGCUGAGAAGCGAACAUUUCCCUCCCUCAGUUUUCCAAAAUAACGUGCACAGAGCAUCGUUUUCAGAAAAGUUUUCGUUUACAUCGACCCACAUAAACGCACCAUCGAGAGCCAUCAUAACUACACCGAGCCUCUGGGCGACGUUUCAUCAUCAUCAGAGUAAAAGGGAAACACUGGUCACACUUUUGGUCCAUCAGCUCCUAAAACUCUGUUAGUUUAUCUCACUUUACACACAAACCGUAGUUUUCCACAAUCUAGACUUUAGAGUUAGAGUUUUUAGAAAGAUUAAUUUUUAGAGGGAAUUCACCGUUUGCGUGUAAAAGAUGGAAACAAAUGAAAUCCAUGUAUCAUUUGUUUUUCAAAGUAAAACCAAAAAUAAGAAAACGAAAAAAAACAACUGUUUUCUUUAUUAUUCGUCUCCAAAACCAAAAUGGAAAAACAGAUGAUUCGUAACUAUUUUUUUUUUUUUUCAAUUUUCGAUUUUGUGUUUAAAUUAAUAAUGGAAAAAACGGAUAAGAGCCGUU